AUGAUGCGCCCACGCCCGCCAAUCGCCCGUCGCUCUCGGAUGGGCCCUCUACGUUCCGUUGAGGAAGUCCUCCAGGCCGUUGCAGAAAUCGACGCUUACAACGCAGCAUACGCCGAAUACGAAGAAGCACUCGCCGAGUACGAAGCAGCACAAGCCCAGUUGGCGUCCGUGGCAGAAGAGGCGGCAGAGGAGGCUACAGAAGAGGCCCCAGAAGAGGCUCCAGAACAGGCUCCAGAGGAAACUCCAGGAGAAGCUCCAGAAGAAGCUGCAGCAGAGGCGCUCCUUGCCAUGGCUUCUGACGGCCUUGUGCCGCCCCCGGCGGAUGACUGGAAGGGUGACAAUGGCAAUCCCAGCUUUCGCACCUUGGGAAAACUCUCUCCGCCUGUGAUGCGUAAAAUUGAGCCGUACGGAGCGCAAUUCCUUGCCUUCGCUCGCCGCAAGCGCCAUGGUCGUACUUUCUCUGAAGAUCAACGUCUCGAAGCCCUUAAGAAGGUGAAGAAGUCCGAGGACGAUGAUGAUGAUGAGAUCAGCGAGCCAGAAGACCCCUUGAUGCUUGCGAGAGAUGCGAAAGACUGGAAGGGACAAGACCACUACGCCGUCCUCGGCCUCUCCAAAUACCGCUACAAGGCUACCGACGAGCAGAUCAAGAAGGCUCAUCGCAAGAAAGUCCUCAAACAUCAUCCUGACAAGAAGGCCGCGGCUGGUCAGAGCGACGAGAAUGACAGCUUCUUCAAAUGUAUUCAGCGUGCCUACGAGAUCCUGACCGACCCAGUCAAACGCCGUCAGUGGGACUCGGUUGACGAAGCCGCUGACGUCGAACCCCCAACCAAGAAAGACAUGCAGAAGCCUGGGAACUUUUACAAGAAGUGGAAUGCCGUGUUCCAGAGCGAAGCCAGAUUCAGCAAGAAGACUCCUGUCCCUAUGCUCGGAGACGAAAAUAGCACGCGUGAGGAAGUGGAAGAAUUCUACGACUUCUGGUACAACUUCGACAGUUGGCGCACGUUUGAGUAUCUUGAUGAAGAUGUCCCGGAUGACAACGAAGGACGCGACCACAAGCGACACGUUGAGAAGAAGAACGCGAACGCUCGACGUAAGCGCAAGACGGAGGAUACCGCUCGUUUGAGGAAGCUCGUGGAUGACUGCCUGAGCUAUGACGAGAGAAUCAAGAAGUUCCGCAAGGCCGCGAACGCAGACAAGAACAAGAAGCGCUUGGAGAAAGAAGCUGCAGCCAAACGCGAGGCCGAAGAGAAACAACGCGCCAAGGAGGAAGAGGAGCGCAAGAAGAAAGAGGAAGAAGAAAAGUUGAAGGCGGACAAAGAAGCGACCAAGAAGGCGAAGGAGGCAGCCAAGAACGCUGUCAAGAAGAACAAGCGUGUUGUCAAGGGCAGCGUCAAAGAUGUCAACUACUUCUCCGAGGGUGAAGCGUCUCCUCAACAGAUUGACGAUGUGUUGAACGACGUGGACAAGGUGCUCGGCAACAUCGACGCGGACGAGUUGGCUGAGCUUGUUUCCCAACUCAGCAUUGCCGGAAAGGACGCAGCAAAGGUCAAGGAGGCUUUUUCGGCGACCACGGGUGGCUUGGUCGGUGCUGGGAAGCUCAAGGAGAGUGACUUGAAGGUCUUGAAAUGA